GAUCGGAAAGGAACGGCCGCGAGCGCUCGGGGUGGCUACAACAAGCACCCCUAAGCGCACCUCCGAGGCGAGUGGCUCCCCUUAGAAUGGCGAGGGUGGGAGGGGCUUUCUUUGUGACGUCUCCCCCCUUCUCAAGCGCCCACCCACUUUCGAACCGCCCCUGCCUAUAAAACCACGGCUCCCGAGCGUUCCACUCGCACAAGUCGAAAGCGCGCGCUGGGCCAGGGCUGGGCUGCGGUGCUCGCAGGGGAGACGGGCUCGGGCACUCGGGAGCGCCGCACCAGCUCGGAUCCUCCGUGGUGGGAGCAGCGCCCCGGCAUCGAGGAGGCUGAGGCUGAGGUUCAGGCCGAGGCAGAGGAAAACGCAAUGGAAUUACUGAGGACGAUCACCUACCAGCCAGCCGGCACAACCAAGAUGUGCGAGCAGGCGCUGGGCAAAGCCUGUGGCGGGGAGUCUCGGAAGAAAAAGCAGCAGCAGCUGCCGGAGGAGCCGCUGCCGCCGCCGCCGUCACAGCAGCAGCAGCAGCCGGCGGCGCAGCAGCAGCAGCAAUCUCAGCCCCAGCUGUCUGCGCACCAUCACCACCAUCACUCGCACUCCGGGACCGAGGUCUCGAGGAUUAUAACCGACCCCACCACGGGGAAGCGCUACUGCCGGGGCAAAGUGCUGGGGAAGGGCGGCUUUGCAAAGUGUUAUGAGAUGACAGAUUUGACAAAUAACAAAGUCUAUGCUGCAAAAAUCAUUCCUCACAGCCGUGUAGCUAAACCUCAUCAAAGAGAAAAGAUUGACAAAGAAAUAGAGUUGCACCGAAUUCUUCAUCACAGGCAUGUGGUACAGUUUUACCACUACUUUGAAGACAAAGAGAACAUUUACAUUCUCCUGGAGUACUGCAGUAGAAGGUCUAUGGCUCAUAUCUUGAAAGCAAGAAAGGUAUUGACAGAGCCGGAAGUCCGCUACUACCUCAGGCAGAUUGUGUCAGGUCUCAAAUACCUUCAUGAACAAGAAAUAUUACACAGAGAUCUUAAAUUAGGUAAUUUCUUUAUUAAUGAAGCCAUGGAACUAAAAGUGGGGGACUUUGGCUUGGCAGCAAGGUUGGAGCCAUUGGAACACAGAAGGAGAACAAUCUGUGGCACUCCAAACUAUCUCUCUCCUGAAGUCCUCAAUAAACAAGGGCAUGGCUGUGAAUCUGAUAUUUGGGCCUUGGGCUGCGUAAUGUAUACAAUGUUACUGGGAAGACCUCCAUUUGAAACAACAAAUCUCAAAGAAACGUAUAGGUGUAUAAGGGAAGCCAGAUAUACAAUGCCGUCUUCAUUGCUAGCUCCUGCAAAGCACUUAAUAGCCAGUAUGUUGUCCAAAAACCCUGAAGAUCGGCCCAGUUUAGAUGACAUCAUACGUCACGACUUCUUCCUGCAGGGCUUUACCCCAGAUAGACUUUCUUCUAGCUGCUGUCAUACGGUUCCAGAUUUCCACUUAUCAAGUCCCGCCAAGAAUUUCUUCAAGAAAGCAGCUGCGGCUCUUUUCGGUGGCAAAAAGGAAAAAGCAAGAUAUUUUGAUACACAUAAUAGACUAGCAAAAGAAGAUGAAGAAAUUUACAAGCUUAGACAUGAUCUUAAGAAAACGUCAAUAACUCAGCAACCCAUCAAACACAGAGUGGAUGAGGACAUCCAGCCACCCAGCACUGCUGUUGCCAACUCUGGAACACCUGCAGUAGAUUCCAAGCAGCAAAUUGGUGAUGCGAUUCGAAUGAUUGUCAGAGGGACUCUUGGCAGCUGCAGCAGCAGCAGUGAAUGUCUUGAAGAUAGUACCAUGGGCAGUGUUGCAGACACAGUGGCAAGAGUACUUCGGGGGUGUCUAGAAAACAUGCCAGAGGCUGACUUCAUCCCCAAAGAGCAAUUGGUCACCUCUUUCCAGUGGGUAACCAAGUGGGUGGAUUACUCAAAUAAAUAUGGCUUUGGUUAUCAACUGUCAGACCACACUGUUGGUGUGCUCUUCAACAACGGUGCCCACAUGAGUCUUCUUCCUGACAAAAAGACAGUCCACUACUAUGCAGAGCUUGGUCAGUGUUCUGUUUUCCCAGCUACAGACGCCCCUCAACAAUUCAUCAGCCAAGUGACGGUGCUGAAAUAUUUCUCUCACUACAUGGAAGAGAACCUCAUGGAUGGUGGAGACCUACCUAGUGUUACAGACAUCCGAAGACCACGGCUCUACCUGCUGCAGUGGUUAAAAUCAGACAAGGCCUUAAUGAUGCUCUUCAAUGAUGGCACAUUUCAGGUGAACUUCUACCACGAUCAUACGAAAAUCAUUAUCUGUAGUCAGAAUGAAGAAUAUCUGCUGACCUAUAUCAAUGAAGAUAGGAUAUCCACUACCUUCAGGCUGACCACCUUGCUGAUUACCGGGUGUUCAUUAGAAUUAAAAAACCGAAUGGAAUAUGCACUGAACAUGUUGCUGCAAAGAUGUAACUAAAGGACUUUUCUGUCUAAAUCCAAAGGACUUUUUUUUUAUUUCACUGUGAGAAUGAAAGGGAAGGCAGGAGAAUGAUCAGUAUGUUGAAGAUGGACAGGUGGUGGUACGAAAAACAAUUCCUUUGCAGCCUGCUGGGCUGGGACCAGACUGAGGCAUUAAAAAAAAAAAUCUUGUCUUUGGAUGCCAUUAAACAGUGUACUAGAAUGAAGUUUUCCUUGAUGUACCUGUUUAAGAGGUUUUUCGGACAAUUUCUCAGCAAAAAUGCAUUGACUUUUAACUUCUCUCUGUAGAGAGCAUUUCAGACAGAGGACUUGGAACUGUGAAUACACUUCCUGAAGGGGAGGGAGGGGGAGAAAGCUCCCAUGUUGUUGAACGGCUGUAACUAGAGCAGCUUUGGGCUGCCCAACUGUGAACUAUGGCCAUAUUUUUUUUUUCUUUAAUUUUUCAAGACAAAAGAUAACCCACACUUGUGGCUGGAGAAGUGCAUUCCUUGUUAAUAAACUUGUUAUUUAUUACAGCCUAAAGUGCAGUAUUUAUUAUCCAGACUUUUUUUUUUG